AUGGCAGUCCAAGAAAGGCCAUUCACAAGAAGAGGUAUCCUGUCGGUGGUGAGCUCGGUCUACGACCCCAUUGGAUUUUUAGCACCCUUCACCUUACCUGUCAAGAUAAUGCUGCAAAACCUCUGUAAGAUGAGCUACAGUUGGGAUGAGCACAUUCCUCAAAACUACCAGUUGCAGUGGGUGGGGUGGCUAGAAGAUCUAAGAAGACUCAGCACUUUCAGUGUGCCGAGAUGUUUUAAACCCAAAGGAUUUGGACAGCUCACAAGUGCCCAACUACAUCAUUUCUCUGACGCCAGCGAGAACGGCUAUGGCACAGUUUCAUACUUGAGGCUGCAGAGUGAUGAUGAGAAGAUCCAUGUAACUUUCGUUCUCGGAAAGGCACGAGUUGCUCCUCUAAAGAAUGUGACAAUCCCAAGGAUGGAACUAACAGCUGCUGUGCUGGCAGCGAGAGUUGACAGACUCCUGAAAGCAGAGUUGCAACUAGAGCUGGAAAACUCAAUCUUCUGGACAGACAGCACAACAGUGUUAAAGUACAUCAGGAACGAAACAAAGCGCUUUCACACCUUUGUUGCCAAUAGGGUCUCUGCUAUAAGAGAAGCCACAGACAUCUCACAAUGGAGGUACGUUGACACAAAACGGAACCCAGCUGAUGAGGCCUCUCGUGGGGUGAAAGUUGAACACCUUCUCACUUGCAGCAGAUGGAUCCAUGGCCCAGAGUUUCUUUCCAAGAGUGAAGAGGAAUGGCCUCUUAACAUCUUGGAUUCAACUUCCAUCAGCAGUGAUGACCCAGAGGUUAGAGGAGAAGUUUCAGUUAAUACUGUCAUCAUUAAUGAUGCACCAAAUGCAACAAAUAACAUCUCUGAUGAAGACCCACAGAAUGCAGUAAAUCAACUGAUAACCCACUUCUCCUCGUGGAAAAGGCUUAAGAUCUCAGUUGCGUGGUUUCUCCAGCUGAGAAAGACGUUGCAGUUGUUGAGUCAAAAGAGAAAAUAAAUACAAGCUUCUCUGUCCAGCAGUGGACUUGACCCAACUCAACAAAAGAACAAAGAGGAAGAGGACAUGAAAAGAUUCAGAGCCACAAUGGGUGGUCACGUCUUAUUUCCUGAAGAUAUUGACGCGGCAGAAAGUGUCAUCAUUCAGUACUGCCAAAUGGACAAGUUUAGUGAUGAAAUCACUGCUUUGAAAAAGGGAACAUCUGCAGUGAAGAAAAGCAGUCACAUUUAUAAACUU